ACAAGGGUUGCCGAGUGCUGAGCCGCUUCAAAGCCUUCAGUUUCCCUCGCAACUCACACGAUAAAUAAGGCUUUACCUAAAUUUUCUUUCCAUUUCUUAGAAGUCACCUCUCUAAUCUCUUCGCUCUUCAAUGGCUUUCUGGGGAACUGAAGUGAAACCUGGGAAACCCUUCACUCAUGCACCUCUCAAUGGAAGGCUUCAUCUAUCCCAGGCGACAUUAGGAAUGGGUGAUGGAAUAAAGAAAAGCAUAGUUCAAUGUAAUGUGGGAAAUAAGAUGCCUGUAUUUCUAUGCAGUUUGUUUCCUGAUAAGGCUGAGUGUUGUCAACUCAAUUUGGAAUUUGAGGAGUCUGAUGAAGUCGUUUUUUCUGUUAUUGGCCCUCGAACUGUUCAUCUUACUGGUUACUAUCUGUCCUCUUCUUCCCUUAAUCAUCAUAAUGAUGAAUCAGAAUCAUAUGGGGAGGAUAUUGCUGGGACAGAAACAGAAAGAUCCGAGAAUAGUGAAGAAAGUGAAUAUGGUGGUAGUUUUAUUGAUGAUGAAGAACCACAAGUCCUCUCAUCUUCUCAAGAUUUUUCUGCUGUAUCAGAAUCAAAUGAAGAACUGGCAGACUUAAAGAUACCUAAGGGUGACAAAGGAAGGCCUAAGACAAGGCUUAGGAAGAAGUACCGGAACAGUGGAUUUGAAAAUGAGGAAAGUUCUUCGCAGAAGGAUUUCACCAGUGGUGUUGCUGCUAUGGAAGUAUUGGAAAGUGAAACUGAAGAUAAAUUGCCUAUCUCCUCACUGUCUUGGGGAAAAUGCACAUCAAAGAGUGGGAAAGCCAAUGUGGAGGAAAAAUCUAGGAAAGAAACAGAUAACCGUAGUGACAAUGAGAUUGAAGAUAAUGUUACCAUGUUAAAAGGGACUAAUGCUGUGAGAGGUGUUGAGCCUGAAUGUAAAUCAGGGAAUAGGAGUGGAGGAAAACAAAAGCAUGAGCUUCGUGUUGAUAAUGCUUUAGUGCCAAAGAAGAAAAGAGAAGAUCUGGCAAAGGAGGAAGGAUUACUGGAAGCUGAUCAUUGCAUGAUUGAAGAAGUGAUAUUGGAGCAAAAUGACCAAAAUAAGAAACUGACCAGUAACAAGAAAUGUAAAUACGAUAAUCUCUUGCUGGCUUCCUGUCAAGUGGAUACUGAAGUUGGAGUUAAGCUAAAGAGGAAAAGAAAAGAACAAUUUGAAGAGAAAACACUUGAAAACAAUGUUAACAAAGAGGAUGAAACGCACAAAAGUGGUUCAAAUUAUACCGAGACCAAGGAUGUAGAUGUGGAGGAUAGGGAUAAUCAAAACCAAGUUAAUGACAAGAAGAUGAAAAAGAGGAGGAGGAGUAAGGAUGAGGAGGGGGAUGCUAUGAAGGUGGAACAACCUGUCUUACCAGCCCAUGAAAAGAAGAGAUCUGAUGUGGAAAUGGGGGCUAAGAACGCUAAUGACAAGGAAAUUCAGCUGUCAAAUGGAAUUAUCAUUGAAGAGUUAGAAAUAGGGAAACCAGAUGGGAAAAUAGCUUCUCUUGGUAAAAAGGUUCGUGUCCAUUACACUGGAAAAUUGAAGGAGAGUGGGCAAGUAUUUGAUUCUAGUGUUGGCAAAGCACACUUAAAGUUUCGUCUAGGUGGGAAAAAAGUUCAAGAACUAUGGAAUGUUGGCCUUGAUGGCAUGCGAAUUGGUGGCAAACGUAGGCUCAUUGUCCCUCCUUCAGUAAGUUAUAGAAAUGAAGGAACAAGUGAGAAUAUUCCACCAAACUCCUGGCUGGUUUUUGAUAUUGAAUUGGUUAAAGUCAAGUAAUUUCUUUUUUUAUCGAAAAGUCAGGUAAUUGGUUGGCAUCAUGCACCAGUUUUGUUUAGUCAUACUUGCCUUAAUUCUUCAAAGAAUGACAAGUGCAGUAGUAAAUGAGGUUGGACUUUGUCUUUGGACUUGGGAUUUUAUAAUGAUAUGAUUGGAAGUGAAAAUAUAUAGUAUUGGCUGUAUACGGUAAAACUUUCUUUCCUCUUUUUUUCCAUGGCUGAAAAUUAUGUAUUUAUGCCUAUUAAUAUGCAAGACUCUUGAUUGCCUGAA